CCCGCUCCAAAUCGACGACGCAUCGACGCCGCCCGAUCCCUAAACCGCAUUCCUGCCCUAACGCACGCGAAAUCCACUGCCGCACCUCCACUUCGCCUCCGAUUCCGCCCGUCUCAUUGUCUCUCAGAUCGGAAAUCGCUUUCGGGUGGUCCGAUCAUCAAAUAUGUCUUCCUCCUCGGGGCAGCCACAGUUUCGCUACACGCAGACGCCAUCGAAGGUGCUUCACCUGCGCAACCUGCCAUGGGAGUGCACGGAAGAGGAGCUCAUCGAGCUAGGCAAGCCUUUCGGUAAGAUCGUCAACACCAAAUGCAACGUCGGGGCCAAUCGCAACCAGGCUUUCGUUGAGUUCGUAGACCUUAAUCAGGCAAUCUCAAUGAUCUCAUAUUAUGCCUCUUCCUCUGAACCUGCACAAGUUCGUGGCAAAACUGUUUAUAUCCAAUAUUCAAACAGGCAAGAGAUUGUGAACAACAAGACUUCUGGAGAGGUUGUUGGAAACGUCUUACUUGUUACAAUAGAGGGUGUGGAAGCUGGUGAUGUCAGCAUAGAUGUUAUUCAUUUGGUAUUUUCUGCAUUUGGAUUUGUUCACAAAAUUGCUACUUUUGAAAAGACUGCUGGUUUCCAGGCGUUGAUUCAAUACACUGAUGUAGCAACUGCUGCAGAAGCUAGAAAUGCCUUGGAUGGAAGAAGUAUCCCAAGGUACUUGCUUCCGGAGCAUGUUGAAACAUGCCACUUGCGAAUUACUUUUUCUGCUCAUACAGAUUUGAAUAUCAAAUUCCAGUCUCAUCGUAGCAGGGAUUACACUAAUCCUUACCUUCCUGUAAAUCCUUCAGCAAUUGAGGGUACCAUACAGCCUGUCCUUGGACCUGAUGGGAAGGUGAAGGAACCUGAGAGCAAUGUGCUUCUUGCGUCCAUUGAGAACAUGCAAUAUGCUGUGACUGUUGAUGUUCUUCACACAGUGUUUGCAGCUUUUGGUACAGUCCAGAAAAUUGCAAUAUUUGAGAAGAACGGAGGAACUCAAGCUUUGAUCCAGUAUCCAGACGUGACUACUGCAACAGUUGCCAAAGAGGCUCUGGAGGGACACUGCAUUUAUGAUGGUGGCUACUGUAAGCUUCAUCUGUCAUACUCUCGUCAUACUGAUCUCAAUGUAAAGGUACAAAUGUAAUUUCUUUUGUUAUGGAGGAGUAUAGAAUGCCGAGAAACAGUCGGUUCUCUCUUCAUUCUUUUAUAAUAAGCAAGAUGCAGAAUUUUAGUUAAACAUGUAUCUUUCAUUUUAGAAAGUCUGGAAUAAAGCUAGAGGAUGUAUCUACCUUUAUAAUUACACGUACAUAUACCUCGAUGUCACCAUCUUAUUUCUCUGUUUCCUUGGGUAUUUUCUGGUUUUAGUAAAGUGUUUCUCUUUCCAUGUGUGUACAUUUCACCAGGCAUACAGUGACAAGAGCAGGGAUUACACCAUUCCUGAUGCAGGGAUACUCGCAACAUCACAUGCUCCUAAUGCUUCUAGUAGUUUGCUGAGCAAUCCACUUGCAGCUGGGGUUGCCAUGCAACAACCGAUUCCUAAUGGGCAAAUGCCUACUUGGGAUCCAAGCAAAGCCAACUAUGCAUCGGCUUCAAGGACAUUCCCCAGCCAGUCAUUUAUUCCAACCACUGUUGCUCCGUACCAAACGUCAGGUGCUCUCCCCACUUCAUCUGCUGGUUACCUUCAAGCUCCACAGCAGACGCCUCAGUACGGUAUGCAUCCAAGGCCUUCUGGUGGUGCACCAUUUGCAGACCAACCUCCUAGGUAUUUCUAGCCCAAUUACAUCUUACCUAAUGCUCUUUCUUCCUAUGUUGUCGUUCGGUUUAUUACUUUAAAAAUCAAUGUCAGUCCACUGUUUGAAUCUUGUGCAACUUCGUCAUCUGAUUGCACUUUUGGUUUCUUUUUCGCUA